AUGCUCACAGAAGGUGUGAAAUUGCUAAAACCUCCCUCCCUCCAGCCCACUCGCUUCGUUAUCUUCACUGAAAAGUCACUGAAACUAAAAAGCCUUUUUGCCCUGCUCAUUUUGGUCAUGUUUGCAGCCAGUGUGGAAGCAUAGUUUGUGGAUUCAUCUGUAAAACUUACUGAGAAGGUGAAACUACAAUGUAUAUAUCCAAAAAAAAAGGUGAUAAUCCAGAUAUCCUGGAUGAAAAUUACUGUAACUCAUAAAGAAAAUGCAACUGUCUUACAUCCAACCUAUGACAUUCAUAGAAAAGACAAAUACAAUGGAAGAAUUUAUUUUGUAAAUGCUUCCAGUGACAAAUCCUCAUCCUUCAUCAAGAACAUUUUGAAAGAUGAUGAUCUUUACAUUUGCUUCAUUGUAACUACCCCAGAUGGAAUUUCAAAAAAGAGAAUAGGAAUUAUUCAGGCAGAUGCUUUUGAAGUGUCUGAGAAACAAAACAAUACCAUGUUUACCAAAGCAGGAGGAAAUGUUAUUUUUUCUUACCUUUAUAAAAUUGGAGAUUUGGUGCAGCAAGCAACGUUGGAAAGGAUUAAAGCAAAUUGAGUAGAUAUUGUCAUUCUGUGCAACUCUUCAGGAAAGCAAAGCUUUGUUUCAGAUUUCAAAGAGCAUACACGGGUGGAUUGUUCUCAUCAGGCAAACUCCAGGAUUUUCUUUUGAAACAUUGCAGCCUCUGACUUUGCAAUGUACUGCUGUGUAGCUGCUGGAAGAAACAAAACCUAUGUAAUGAGUUCUACUGUGGCUGCAACUUGGGAUCACAAAUGGUUUAUUACCUAUAUAGCUGGAGGAAUUUCUCCUGCUGUUUUACUGUUAGUUUUCCUAUUGAUCUUCUGCAUCAUCACUGUUUUUUGCAAAAAAAAGAAGAGGAAGAGGAUCACAGAGGCCUUAUCAAAAAUUUUGUACUCUAUUCAGACCUGGGAUGAAGCUUUUCAUCCAGCAAUCAAAGUGCUUCAGAAACCACCUUUCCUGCCAUGUCAGUUCACCCAGGCACUGUCACAUUACGUUGUCAUAAGACUGACGUAG